UGUCAAAAACGUUGCUUUGGGCAGUUCUGGGGAGGAUUUGGGGAUAAAAAUGGGGAUUUUGGGAUUCUGAGGGGGAUUUGGGGACGAAAAUGAGGGGUUUGGGAGGAUUUGGGCAUAGAAAUGGGGAUUUGGGGGCCAUUAGGGCGGAUUUGGGGACAGAAAUGGCUGUUUCGGGUGCCCUGAGGAGCACUUGUGGGUCCUGGAAGGUCUAUGGAGGUGGGGGGCGUCGCGUCACUUCCGGCGGUGCCCUGCGUUUCCGCUGCGUCUCGGUGGUUCCGGCGUGAAAGUGACUUUGAGCGGAGACGGGCCAUGGCUGAGGACAUCCAGGCCAAGCUGAAGCGCUACAAGACGGCUCCAUUCGACAGCCGCUUCCCCAACCAGAACCAGACCAAGAACUGUUGGCAGAACUACCUGGACUUCCAUCGGUGCCAGAAGGCCAUGGCAGCCAAAGGGGCGGACGCCAGUCCCUGCCAGUGGUACUAUAGGGUCUACAAGUCCCUGUGUCCUACUUCUUGGGUGACAACGUGGGACGAGUAUCGCGAAGAAGGGAUCUUCCCGGGCAAGAUCUGAACAUCUCCAACCCCGAGGAGGUGACACUGGUGUCACCAGGGUGGUGGCGGGUGACGUGGGCCACCACCGGCGUGGGAGGGGACAACGUUGUCACCUGCUUGGUGGCCAAUAAAGGGUUCAACUGGUC